CUCAGCUGUCCACAUCCGCGGGCGCUUGGGCCCUGCGGUCCCAGGCCACGGCGAUGACGUUGGGCCUCCAAUGGAUCGUAGACAAGAUCACUUUUCCUUCACCGCCAUCCUCCUACUCCCUGACGUCUCACCCGGAGCUCUUCUUUGUGCCCUCGAGAAAUAAAUCAUCAACGCAUCCAGGGGUACCCUGCAUGCUCUACGCAGUGCGGCAAGGGGCUCCUGUGCUGUUGGUGCAUGCUCACAGCAAUGGCUGUGACAUUGGAGAUAUGCGGCAGACGCUGCAGAGCAUCUCCGAAUCUUUGAAAGUGCAUGUCAUGUCAUUCGAAUUUCCCGGCUACGGCUUGCAUUUGGGCAAUGCAAACAUGCGGGCGAUCGAUGACGCCGCAGCAGCGGUGCUGAACUACAUCUCCAAUGAGCUGAAAAUCAACCUGUCGCAGGUCGUUUGGUACGGACGAUCCAUUGGCAGCGGCCCUGCAUUGAGGGCAGUGCAUCGCAUCACCCAGGAGCUCAAGCAGAAGCCCGGUGGCGUGGUGUUGCAGUGCGGCUUCGCCAACUUUCCGGAGGUGGCGGGGCACCUCUUCGGUCGCCUCGCGAAGCGCCUAGUGAGCCGAUUGUGGCCCAACGAGGCCAUGCUGAAGGAGUUGAAUUGCCCUGUGCUGUUGAUUCAUGGACGUAACGACACCAUGAUUCCAAUCAACCAGAGCGAGAAACUCUGGGAAGCCGUUGCUCAGAAGGAUCUGAGCCAUUUUCACACCUGUGACUGCGGCCACAACGAUUUCAACUUUCGCCGCUGCACAUUAAGACCCAUCUACGACUUCUUGCUGGGGGUCAUUUCGUCGCAGGGUUUCCCUGCGACCAACUUUCAAAUCGACCUCGAAGCCUCGUGCAGAGCGUUAGUUCGGCACAUUGGGCCCUUACGGACCAGAAUUCCGGUUUAUAGCUUCCGACGCCCUGAGUUGGAGGAUUGGCUCCUGCGAAUUGGUGCUCAAGGUGAUGGCCAAAAGGCGUCGAACCUUGAUAAAUCGCCAAGGACAAACGAGGAGCAGGUGAAGCGGGAAGAUACGAAUGCCACAAAGGGUGCUAUGGAGGGCCGUGAGCUGAAGAGCCCUCCUUCCGGCUUGCAGUCGCCUCCUCCCUCGAAACGUGGGAGGUCCAAAAGCAAGGCGGACGCUGAAGUCGUAGCGCCGGACUACACCUUGCUGCCACCCUUAGAGGAAGUAGACAAGGCUCUCUGUACCGCAGAAGGCAUGGUCCGAGCCUGUGCAGCUCGCGUCUCUCAUUUUUUACAGCGGCUGCAAAGGCAGCUCGCACGGAUCGAAGGCCUUGAGCACAAGGCCGUCGACGAGAUUGUUGACUUCGUGGAAGCAGAGUUUUGGGGCUCGGACCCUCUGCUGUGCCUCUGGGAAGAGGUGAGUCUCCCGACGGGUGAGCAUGUGCGGUAUCGUUUGGGUCCGUUUAGCAUCGACCACCAGGGGCAUCGAAGCUUUCAACCGGACUUCCAUGGCAGUUCGCAGUUUUUGCGAGUGCCGCUGUGGAUCUUCGCCCCCUCCCAGGCCCACUUCCGGUGCCUCGCCGAGUGGAGCCUGAUCCACUGUGAGCGACUGCGACAGCUGCCGAGCCAACACGAAGGCACUGGCGGCUGUAGUGGCUGCUGUUGUGUCCCUGGGGGCUUUCGCAAGAAAUCCCACAAGAAGAAGGGAAAGCCUGGGCAUCCGACCAUGGGUGCUCUUUCGACCUCCUUGGCGGCGCAUUUUGCCCACUGGGUUGAAAAGACAGAUGAGAUCAAAACCAUGUUUGAAAGGUUUGCCCAGCUCUACAACGACCCAGACGAGGCGUUGCGGAAGUCAGCGGCUAUGGAUCCACUUGCAUCCUUGAAGACAUUGCCUGGCGAUACCACGCCGCUCUCAGAGAAAGAGGAUAGUCUUUGUCCGCCAAAUACGCUGGCCGGGCUGCCGGAAAGCAAAGCGGAAGAGCCGGGGACCGGGCCAAAGGCCAACCCUCCAGGAAAAUUCAGUGCAGCUUGCAGGCAGUGGCUUCUCAAUGGUCUAGGAAAUCCACCACAGCCCUUUGUCGAGAUGGCCACGCGUCUGCGUUUCCCUGCGCAGCCAUCUGUCGUGGAGACUGAGAGACAGGAGGGGCAAGCUUUGCCCAAUCCCAGCGAUUCGCGGCAGACAGCCGAGUAUGUCUCUCAGCCGGGACAGACUGCGAUGGCGGAGAGAUUUUCGGCUUGGAGCACGGCCGGCUUCAUGCUGCACUACGACCGAUUGUUAGAGGCCACGCAGGAGGAUCCGCUACGACCCGAGCUUCGACACUCGGGCAUCGCGAUGAGCAAAGCCAUAAAGGCCUUUGCAAGUGCAGACCUACGUGCGCGCCGCGAGCAGCACAGCCUCGUGGUGCGGCAACGCCUCGAGAAUUUGGGGAAGGAUGAGGGUCUGCCGGAACCAGCCGACAUUCAGGCUAGUGAGGUGGUGAAGGGUGCAGCUCCGACGUCGGUAACACCUGCAAUGCCCACCUCUCAUGUGGAAGGCUUGUGAAGACAUGCCGAGAUCUCGUCCAAGGUCUGAUGAGCUUGGCCGAUUUGAGUGAUUUGGGUGCUCGCACUUCAGUGAUGUUAAUUU